UGUAAUUUACCCAAAAGAACACGUCGCGGCAAAACAUAAAGAAAAAUGAAACGAAAAUAAAAGAAAUCUCCACUCAGUGUCCAUCCAUCUCGUCAUAGAAAGGUUUUUUGUUAUACGGGAUCCUCUAAUACCCUCGAUUGAUUGGUGGCACCUUGCUGGCAAUUGGCGUUCGGUGCAGUGCUUAUCUCUGAAUUCGCAGCCCUAGCAAGAAAACCCAGAUAUCUGAAAUGGGUUACGCGCAGCUGGUUAUUGGCCCUGCCGGCAGCGGCAAGUCGACUUAUUGCUCUAGCUUGCACGAACACUGUACGACUAUUGGGAGGAAUAUCAAUAUUGUUAAUCUGGAUCCUGCUGCUGAAAAUUUUGACUACCCUGUGGCCAUGGAUAUUAGGGAGCUUGUUUCCUUGGAGGAUGUUAUGGAGGAACUUGGUUUGGGCCCCAAUGGUGGACUUUUAUACUGCAUGGAACACCUGGAAGACAAUCUGGAUGAAUGGCUCACAGAGGAAUUAGACAAUUACACGGAUGAUGACUACUUGGUUUUUGACUGCCCAGGCCAGAUAGAACUUUUCUCGCAUGUGCCUGUGCUUCGGAACUUCGUGGAGCAUCUGCAGCGUAAAAAUUUCAAAGUCUGCGUCGUGUACUUGCUUGAUUCUCAGUUCAUUACGGAUGUGACAAAGUUUAUUAGUGGGUGCAUGGCAUCUCUUUCUGCCAUGAUUCAACUUGAAUUACCACAUGUUAAUAUUCUCUCCAAAAUGGACCUUGCACCGAGAAAAAAGGAUAUUGAAGACUUCUUGUAUCCAGAGCCUCAAGUUUUAUUGUCAGAGUUGAAUCAACGCAUGGCUCCUCAGUUUGCAAAGCUAAAUAAAUCUUUGAUUGAACUAGUCGAUGAUUAUAGCAUGGUGAGUUUUGUGCCACUAGACUUGAGGAAGUCAAGCAGCAUGAGCUAUGUCUUGGCUCAGAUCGAUACCUGCAUUCAGUUCGGAGAAGAUGCCGAUGUGAAGGUUAAGGAAUUUGAUCAGGAAGAUGACUGAGCUUAUUAAACUUUUUACCUCUUGAUGUUGAAAUUACCGUUGCAGCCCCUGGUGUAGGCGUUUUGAACUGUGAGGAGUGAAAGAGAUGACUCAGGGUAGUAUUGUCAAUAUACAAUACCAAAUUAUUAACUUUUAACUUUUGAAUUGUCAGAAUUAUAUGUAAGAUGAUAGCAUGAUGGAAUAAUGUAAUUGUUUUUGCCUCUGGAUGAUGGAAUAAUGUCUGUUAUUUAAGAGAAUUUGUUGUA